AAACACCUCUUUCUGCAGGGAGCCAGCUGAGACCCAGAGCCUUUCAUGUCCGCACUCUGCACUCAGCCAGUACUGGCUCAGUAUCCUGAUUGACAUCCCUAGUUCCGGGAGGGAACCAAUGGAGGGGCAGGUGGUGGUUCCCAAGUCGAUGAUGUAAGAAAUAUAAUCAUCUUCUCUAAAGAGUGACAGUGGGGGAAUACAGUUUUAUGUCGCAAUGACUAUACUUGACGGAGUACGUGCAUGUACAGUCUUUUGAAAGAACCAGGAUGGAGGGUGCCCAGUCACCCUAGGGAGAAUCCAUCAGUUACAUUAUGUGCGGAGUAUGCAGUGUCAGGCAGGCUGUAGAUGGAUGUUUCUCGGGAAGAGUUUAUCUUCCUCUGAUUUCAACUGUUUCUCCCCAUCCGUUUCCCGUCUGGCUCGUUGAAUUGGACAUUAGCUGCCGUGUACUAAUGGUCAUCAGGGAGAAGGGCCAAAACGGCCUUGCUGGUGACUGUCACAAGGCGCUGUUUCAUGUCAUGCUUUCUCAGGAUGUGGACCGUGCUGGCAAGGCCGACGUUUAUUUCCCUUCACACAAUCGCCAUGCAUACAGCUGAGUGGUGUACUGGCCACUUUAGAAGGGCAGUCCUACCCUUGGGUUUUAUGCUAAGGGGACUCAGAAAGUGCUUUCAUUUCACUGGGCUGCACAAACCGGCUUUUAAUGGAAUCUCAAAGAUAACUUGGAUGCCAUGUUAAGGGAGAGUUGGGAUUAACAUACUGAAGCGGAACUCGACCAAAAAAAAAUAGGAAACCAUUAAAAACACCCUCCUGAAAACUCCGAAGGAAGCUCCGGAUCUUGUUCAGGAUACUGAGAGGGGCACGGAUUCUCUCCGUCAGGCAGGAGCAGGGCCUCUCCUGAUCCCUGUGCAUCCCACGAUUUAGCCAUGUUACGGGGCCGGAGGAAAGAGGGAGCGGCGUCUGCCUUGCCCUGCGCCUGUUGAAAAGGGUCCCGUCUUAUCAUGGAAAAGGCAAAGCGAUUGAAAGCGAAGAUUUUCAGCAAGUCUGCCACAGGCGUGGCCAGAAAAAUAGCUUGAAUUUGUCCGCCGAGAUCAGCCCUGCACCGCACUUUGGUUAGAGAGACAAGGAACAGGGCACCCAAUGAAGGGAGCUCUGUGAGCGGCAAGCCCUCUUGACUGCACCUCAGUAAGAGCACCCUGGCAGUGACUCCAGACCCGGCCGUCGUUUGUGUCCAUGAUAACACCCCUUGGCAAAUGGCAGCACUGGGACUUCCCCAAGCUCAGCUUUAGAUGCAGUGGAUGUGCCUCUGCAAAGCCUUAGCGAUCUGGCCCUUACAGCUGUCCUGAUAGAAAUGGAGCCGAAGCGCGCUAUGCUGGGCACAGUGGAGGACACCAGCCCUGCAGGUCAAGGCAGUCGGGAUCUGUCCCCCAGGCAACCAGGCACUUUCUCCGAACAGGCGGGACAAAGACCGGCGCCGGACUCUGGCCAGGUUGGCAGCCCGGGGCCCGUGCCACCUUACUACCCCGCCAAACUUCAACUCCCCGUGGAAAACCCCCCCCAGCAGCAGCAGCAGCAGCAGCACCUGCACCAACGCCACCUCCUGGGGAGCCCCUACCACCACUACGCCCACUCCUUCCCACACUUCUCGCACCAGGCCGGACACCCGAGCUACACCCCUGCCUCCGCCCCGGAGCUGGGCCCCGAGGGCCACGCCUGGCAGUCGUUGGCGGGUCAGAUGGAGACCGGUAGGCCGGAGGCUUUUCUCCCGCUGCAGCACCGCUCGCACCACCACCACCACCACCACCACCACCACCACCAGCAGCAGCAGCAGCAGCACCAGCAACACCACGCCAACGCGGGCCUGGGCAAGAAAGGGGCCGGCCCUCCCCCCGCGCCCGGUUACCGGCACUAUUCCCAGGCCCUGCUCGGCUCGAGGGAAGAGGCCCUGCGGAGGGAGAAGAGGCCCAAGAAGCCUGGCAAGCACAUCUGCCAGUACUGCGGACGUGCCUGCGCCAAGCCCAGCGUGCUGAAGAAGCACAUCCGCUCGCACACCGGGGAGAGGCCCUACCCCUGCGCCCCCUGCGGCUUCUCCUUCAAGACCAAGAGCAACCUGUACAAGCACCGCAAGUCCCACGCCCACGCCAUCAAAGCCGGCCUGGUCUCGGCAGCCGAGGUGGAGGCUGCCGUCUGCCGAUCGGACGCCGAGCCGGCAGCCCCCGGGGAGGAGGCCGAGCUCCCCUCCGAGGGCGACGAGAGCACCGACACCGACGAGGAGAAUGGCGUCCACAAGAGGCUGCCCUCACGAGCGGCGCCGGAGCCCGACGUUGGCGAAGACGGGAAAGCCGUCCCCCGCUACUCGGCCAAAGCCGACAGGAGCAUGCUGAGCAAGAGCAGUCAGAAGUAUAGCUCGGACUCUGACGUCUUCAGCGAGGAGACGUCAGCAGGGCCGAUGAAAGUGCCCAUUCUGAUCGUCCCCAAAGGCGGGAUUAAGACUCCGACCGAAAGUCCGCAGUUCAUCAAAACGGAGCCUUCCCAAGGCCCGGGCAUUGUUUGGAAAUAUGGUGGUCCACACACUAUCAAACAAAGACUUGCACUAAGGUUGAGUGAGAAGAAGGGGCAGGACAGCGAGCAGUCCCUCAACCUUCUAAGCCCCCACAGCAAAGGGAGCACAGACUCAGGCUACUUCUCCCGCUCGGAGAGCGCAGAGCAGCAGAUCAGCCCCCCCAACACCAACGCCAAGUCCUACGCGGAGAUCAUCUUCGGCAAAUUCGCCAGGCUGGCACCGAGAUCCCUGGCAGCGAGCAUGGUGACUCAGGAACCUCCGCUGAUGGGCUUCAAGGAGAAGGGCAGCUCGGUGACCAUCUCCAGCACCAAGCCGGACAUUGAGAAGUUAAUCCAGGAACAUAUCAUUCAGCUGAUCACGCACAACGAAGUCUUGGUUGACCCAAGCCAGCUGAACACUGUCAAGCCCCGGAAGUUUUCGUUGUAUCGGGGAGACGGUAAUGAGCUGCAGAAGCAUCAGAUGCUGAUGGGGCAUCCUGGGAGUGACGCCAAAGCAUAUUGUGGCGGCUCCCUCCACGCCAGUGUUGGCGAGUCCUUAAUAGCUGCGGAGAAGGAGCUUCUAGGAGUCCCUUUGGAUAUGGCUGACAGUACGCCGCUGAUCAGAAGCAACUCGAUGCCGAUAUCUUCGGCAAGCGGACUCACCGUUCCCCAGGUGCUGAGGGGAAGCCAUUCCUUUGACGAGAGGAUGACCAGCUCCGACGACGUGUUUCAUUCUGGCUCGGUCGUGUUGCCACACCAACGCAUGUUAAAAAGGCAGACGGCCAUCGAGUUAUUCUCAGGGCUGGAGGGACACCCGCUGCCUGGCUGCACCACCGACGACCCAGAGCAGGGGCACGGCUUCCUGAAGAGCGCCCACCUGGUGACCACCAAGUUGGAGGAGGGGGAGGCCGGUGAAGGGGACCUCUCACCCCUGUUGAGGAAGGCCCAGCAAGGCAAGGGCUCGGUGUACGAAUGCGAAAUAUGUGGAAUCAAGUACCAAAUAUGGGAGAACUUUGAGGCCCACAGGAAGUUCUACUGCUCCCAGCUGCAUGGGCCCAGGAUAAAGGCCACGGUCCCUAAACCUGGCGGCGAGGCCUGCCCAGAGUAUGGGCCACACUCGCAGAUCACGCACUACAAGACUGGCCAAGGACUAGAGAACCUACCCUUCAGGAAGCGGAGGAAAGAGAAGAGUGUGGGAGACGAGGAGGACCUUCCCAGUAUCUACGGCAGCUCCUACAGUGGUUCUACCACGUCACUGGCCUCCAUGGGGGACUCCAAAGCCGAGUGCGCGUCUCUCGAUCAGGAGCCCGUCUCCAGGACCGUUUCAGUUUCGACCAUGACCGCUUCCGGCAUCCACGGCCCCUUCAGAGACUCGGGAAGCAGCGUGUCGGAGUUCUACAGCAAGGUGGAGGACCGAGAGGCCCACGGCCUGGAGGAGGCCUUCAUCUCGGCAGAAGCCUGGCCCAGUUCACCUCAAGGCAAGCAGGCCGCCGACAGCGGCCGCAGGGUGACCGGGAACGAGAUCUCCGUCAUCCAGCACACCAACUCCCUGAGCCGGCCCAGCUCCUUCGAGCGAUCGGAGUCCAUGGAGCUCAUCCCCGCGCCGAUCGACACUCCCACGGCGGCCGAGCCCCCGCCGGGCCAGGCCAGCGGGCCGCCGGAGGUGGGCGAGCAGCAGGCCGGCUCGCUGCCUCCUCCUCUUCCUCCUCCUCCUCCUCCUCCUCCUCCUCCUCCUCCUCCUCCUCCACCUCCACCGCCACCUCCAACGACGCAGCAACAGCAGCAGCAGCAGCUGCAGCCCAAACUCGUGCGCCAACACAACAUCCAGGUGCCCGAGAUCCGGGUGACGGAGGAACCAGACAAGCCCGAGAGGGAGCAGGAGGUGACCCCCAGGGAGACGGAGAAGAUGGCGGAGGAGUUCCAGUGGCCGCAACGGAGCGAGACGCUGUCCCAGCUCCCGGCGGAGAAGCUCCCCCCCAAGAAGAAGAGGCUGCGGUUGGCCGACCUGGAGUACUCGUCCGGGGAGUCCAGUCUGGAGUCCGGCACCCUGUCCCGGAGCCCCAGCCAGGAGAGUAACUGGUCCCACAGCUCCACCUUCUCGCUGUCCCUGGAGAGGGAGGAGAACCCGAAGCCACCGGCCGCUGCCAAGCCGGAGGACUUGGGCAAGGUGGCCGAGUACCUGACCGUGCCGUAUGGAGCCAGUGCCCUGGGCCUGCUCGGCCAGCAGCAGAAGGAGAUGAGGCGCUCAGCCUCGGAGCAAGCGCCCUGUCAGCCCUACCUGGAGGUGGCCGAGAUACGCAGCAAGUCCUUCGACUACGGGAGCCUGUCGGGGGCGCCCUGCCCGCCGGCCCCCCCUCCGGCCCCCUCGCCGGCCGCCAGGGAGAGGAGAAAGUGCUUCCUGGUGCGCCAGGCCUCUCUCAGCCCAUACUCCGAGACCUCCCAGCUAGAGCACGGCCAGGAGCCGGCGGAACCGAUGCAGCUUGGCCAGGCAUGCCCGGUCAACGCCCGCGCACCGCGCCACCCCUCGCUGCCCCUGGACAAGGGGGCCCGCAGCUCUCCAACCGGCCAGCUGCCUGGCGACGCCGCGCCUCAGCCCGACCUCCACCCGCCCUGGCAGCUCUUCCACCAGCCCCAGCCGCCGGCCCCCUGCUUCCUGAGCCAGCCGCCCGGCGAGACGCCCGCCCUGGCUCCCGGGCCCCAGCCAGCCGACAGACGCCUCCAGAGUCGGGCGGGCUCGAGGGAGAAGGAGCACCCGCCCCCCUCCCCCCAGCACUCUCCGAGCCGCCGGGCCAAGUACCCGCCCGAGGUCGUGGUCGUCGCUCCGGGCUCCGUAGCCAUGCGGCCCUCGCCCUCGCUGCUGGUGCCCGUGCGAAUUCACGCCAACGUGCCCACGUACGGCAGCGUCAUGUACACCAGCGUCUCCCACGCCCUGGGUCCCCGCCGGCCGGCCGGCGUUGGUGCCGGCGCCAUCGUCAUCUGCCAGGUGGAGGACCACCCACCCAAGGGGACCCUGGUCAGCACCUCAGCCGUCCAGCGCAGGGGCCUCCUGCAGUACCCGCAGUGGAAGCUGGCCCCCUCGGCGACGGGCAAGAUCGAGGUCCCGGGGCCGCCGAGCGCGAACCUGGCCGCGGCGGACAGCUCCUCGCCCAUCGGCGGCAGCAAGCGGGUGCUCUCGCCGGCCAGCAGUCUGGAGCUCUUCACGGAAACCAAGCAGCAGAAGCGGAUCAAGGAGGAGAAGAUCUGCGGGCAGAUGCUGGAGAAGCUGAGCCUCCAGGAGUCCAACGUCUCGACGGCCGCGCCGGCGCCGAGCGCUCCCAAGCCAGCGAAGCCGCAGCUGGUGCGGCAGUUCUGCACCACGGAGCUGAAAGAGGGGCGGUCCUCCCCCUUGUCCUCGUCCUCCUCUUCGUCCUCCUCUUCCCAGUGGCACAGCACCCAGACGCUGGAGUCCUUCCCCUCCGAGGAACGCCCCUCCCUGAGCCAGGGCAGUGACAUGGAGUCCUUGGAGAGUGCUGACGCCGAUAGCCCCCAGAGAGCGCCCCCUUCGCCGAGCGAAGCAGCCCCUGACUCUCAGACGCAGCAGAUCCAGAAGUUCCCCAUCAGCAUGCUGGUCCAGGUGCCCGCCAGCCAAGGUAGCACGGUAGUGGGUGGCACCAUCCUCCUUUCCGACGUGGCUGACCUCCAGCAGUUCCUCCAGUUCCCCAGCCUUCGCACCUCCACCAGCGUGAGCUGGUGCUUCCUCAACUACACCAAACCCAACCACGCCCAGCACACCGCUCCCAAACUGUCCAUGUAUGCCACCUGGUGCAUCAGCUCCUACAACCCCAACCCCCCUGGCACAGCCACAAAGGUGGCCUUGGCCCUCUUGAGAUCCAAGCAGAAGACGAGCAGAGAGAUAUACAUCAUGUCCGCUGCUAACUGGCCAAGCUCUGGAAAGCUCGUGGUUUCCAGCAGUUGGAAGCAAAGAUUAGCUCAGAUUAAAUGGUAUGAAUCUUCCCAGUGUGAGAGCGAUGGGGCUGGAAGGACAUCAGCAGGAAGCUUUGAAAAGGAGAGGGAAAAGAUUGGGACAAGUGUUAACAAAGAGCAUCCCAGCAAGCAAGCAGAGCCCACCAGAAUCAAAAUCUUCGAUGGAGGGUAUAAAUCCAAUGAAGACUAUGUAUAUGUGAGGGGGCGAGGUAGAGGCAAAUAUAUUUGCGAGGAGUGUGGCAUUCGCUGUAAAAAACCCAGCAUGCUGAAGAAGCACAUCCGCACUCACACUGACCUUCGACCCUUCAUGUGCAAGUUCUGUAAUUUUGCUUUUAAAACAAAAGGAAACCUGACAAAACACAUGAAGUCAAAGGCACAUACCAAAAAAUGCCUUGAGUUGGGAAUAGCUGUAACCUGCACGUAUAACACAGACACGGAAGAAGCAGGAAUGACGGAUGAGACUGAGAAGGAUGCACUGAGUGAAGUUCCCGUCCGGCACCAGUUUUCGGAUCCUGAAGAAUCUGACGGAGCGGAGGAGGAGGGAGAUGAAGAUGACGAUGAUGAGGACGACGACGAUGAAGACCGACAAGGCGAUAGCACUCCAACUACAAGAUCACGCAGCACGAGCCCGCUACCACGCAGCUCCAAACCAUCCUCUGUCACUUUUAGCAUUGCCUCGCCCUCUGCCUUUGACGUUACACUCUCAAAUAAUCAGUCUUCCCUCAUUAGUUACCUGGUGACACUACCUAGGAUUCAAGUAACCCAAUUAAUGCCACCCAGUUAUUCUCAUGCGGGGACUCCGCUAACAGACUAUCAGAGAAAUUUGCAAAAUAGGUUGUCAGAAUCAGUUGAGUACAAAGAUAGACUAGACAUACCGACUUCGACAAAUGUGUGGCUACCACGAACUGAUGACUCAUCCUCUAAGGACGAUAGUUCGAGAGAAAUGUCCCCUUCAGGAGAUACAGGUUCAAGUGCUCAACCAUCGCCAGGCUACGACAGCUCUCCGGGAAGGGAUGCAUCACCAACGUCACGGAGGUACCUCUCUCCGAGAAGGGACCUCUCACCCAGAAGGCACUUAUCUCCACGAAGAGAGAUUUCACCGAUAAGGCACCGGUCGCUGAAGAGGGAACCAUAUCUGAGCGAGUUGUCUCCGAGGAGAGAUGGUUCCCCGCGGAGACACUUCCUUCCGAGGGGAGAUAUACCAUCCCCAAGGCAACUCUCCCCUGUGAAAGACCUCUCCCCAAGACGAGAGUUGUCUCCAAGAAGGGACUACAGAGAAAGAAGGCACAUGCCACGAAUGAGAGCAACUUCACCAAGGAGGGGUUCAUUCCAAAGUGGAUAUAUGACGAGCCAGUAUAUGCAGCAUUCAGACAUGAAUCUGAGACAACCUCACCAGAAUUCGUACGACAACAGCAGAACAAUGCCUUGGCCUUCGUACCCUGUCCAUGAGAAUGCCCAGGGAGAGCAUGGCCAGCCCAUCCUCCCCGAGGGACAGCAAGGCUGCCUCUUCAGCCACCUUCCUUUGCACUCCCAGCAACAAGUGCGGACCCCCUACCAAAUGAUACCGAUUGGUGGCAUUCAAAUGGUCCAUUCUGGUGCCACAGCUUUCCCUGGGCUGCUGCCGGCUUCUCAGCUCCCCCUACAGGUGAGGCAGAGGGAAGAAAGCAUCAUCGACGAGGCGACACAUUGUGUCAUCGAGAGCAUCAAGGAGAUGGACAUCUUUUCCAAGUCAGAGGACGUGCAAAUGGCGUCACCCACGGCCGUGUCUCCUCCACGGCCGACCAGCCCCACGGAUCCUUUCGGGAUGGCUCCCCCCAGAGCCGAGGGGAGUCGGACGGCGGGAGAGGGGGCGUACGCCCGGGUUGCGGAGGAGCGGCCAGAGCAUCGGACGUUCCAGGCCUGUCCCGAGGUGGGCCCGUGCCCCACCAGGGCGGUGAUCGCCCAGUCCCGGCUGGACGAGACGAUGAAGACCUUCGAUUGCCAGCGGCAGCUGGAGAGCGGCGCCAGCGGGCAGGGCCCCACCCCUGAAGAGCUGGACGGGGAGCAGCUCAACGGGCCGCAGUCCAUUCGCCCUGAGGACCAUCGGCUGCCGGGAUUCGGCCACCAGGGGUGAGUGGUGCCCGAACUGGAGGAUCGCCGGAGGAGAGGCAACUACAACAAGGAGAGGCAUGACCCAAACCACUAGGGCAAUAAAACAUACUACAAAAUGCCCUCCCAGCUGGGUUCUCAGUGAAGGCAAGGGUU